GCCUCUGACAUGACCUAACGACCUUAUUCUAUAAUAAAAACUGUCCCGCACUCAUCCCGUACGCAAGGCUUCACGGGACAUGUAGAUAACCUGAGUUUACUGUUACUGUUUCAAGUGCUAGUGAUUGAUUGACUUUUGAAAGGCUGAGAUCGCAUUAUUGAAAGAACAAAACGCUAUUAACCAUAGUGGAAUGCCUUGACUGUUAGUGGCAUUCAGUUUACACUGUCAGUAUUCAUUAUAAGUAACAUAAUUGCUUUCCAUUCAACUAAGGCUGAGUUUAACUGUUGAGUAAUAUACAUCAGAGCCGCAUUUUUUCUCAUCGCUUCCUUUUAUCUAUCAGGAAGUGAGGAAGUUUCUGACUCGAGACAAUUAUCUGCUAGUUCAAUGGAAGUGGACAUCAGUGACAAUGUAUUUGUAUCUAGAUUUUAUUAUUGUGUAAACUAUUGAGCUGAUAAGUGAAGUAACUCAGUUGCAGUUUUAUUUGGAAAUUAAUCGUUGUGGACACCAAUAAACUAAGGCAGGAGUCUUGUCUAAUGAAUUAUCAAGAUGUUUGAGAACUCAAUACUUCUUCUAGUAUUCUACUUCCUGGCUGUUUCUCCGGUCUUGGCAGAACUUUCCCGACACUUUCAGACUCAUUCGCUACCAAGUGAUGCAAAAGUGGGACCAGAAUGCAAGGAGCAAGUGAAAAUAUUUCAGCAAGACCUCAAUGACUUGAAGCUAUGGGCACUUCAAAUGUAUGACUCGACGGGCAAACUGAACGCGGGCCUACUGGGAGGCAAUGUGGCGCAUUUCGGCGACUACGACCAGUGCCUGGGGGUGGCGGCCGAUUGGGGGCGUCACCACAUCACCGGCAAAUACUGCCUGGCCACCCUGUUUGUAGACAUCCGCCCCUCUGCACCGCCUUCUGUCAGGGAGGCCGUCGACCGGCUGCUGUCCAGGCGGAUUAUCACCAGCACGGCUAACGAUAACAUAAAAAUAGUGCCGAGUUUCACGGAGUUAUACUGGGGCCUGUGUGUCCCCUCUGGCUGCUCGGAAACAGAUGUAGCUUCUAUGGUGUCCACUCUUGUGUCUCCCUACAACUCAUCCGAGACUGGCUUGCAGUUCCAGCUCAAAAUGGAGCCGAAACCUUGCGAAACCAGGAACACCGAGCAUAACUAUUACAACCAAACGCUUUUCCUAAUUCUGUUUGGAACUGUGCUAUGGCUGGUGAGUCAUUCAACUAUUGUGGAUAUUAUCAAUGGGUUCCACAGUCAAGCAACAGAAUCUCCCAAAACAGAAAUGAUGUUGAAUAAGAUGUUUAUGGCGUUCUCUCUGAAACGUACUGUACCUUUCCUAUUGGACGCAUCUGAGCCCGGAGAGCUGAAAUGCAUUCAUGGCUUGAGAUUCUACUUUUCUCUCCUUAUCUACUUGUUGCACAAAGCGGUCUUCCUCAUGUUUGUGCCUGUCAUUAACAGGAUAUCUGUUGCUGAGAUGAUGGAAAACGAAGCUUCUAUGAUAAUUCGUGUUGUUUGGAAUUGUGUUGAUACAUUCGUUCUUAUAAGCGGUCUACUUACAUCCUACUUCACCAUCAAAAAACUGAAAAAUGGCGGUAGAAUGAAUAUGCAAAUGUACAUACAACGAUAUAUCAAAUUCACUCCAGUGUUCCUGAUGACUUUGCUGAGUUUUACUUUCUUUGCAAAACGGCUGUCAAGUGGACCCUUGAUGAUCAGUGUUGGAAAUCACUUUUUGGAUGGAUGUGAAAAUAUUUGGAAAUCGGUAUUCUAUGUUAGCAACUUUGAUGGCAUCAAUAAUAUGUGUUAUCCACCAGCCCACCAACUCAUAACCGACUUUCAGAUGUAUCUGAUGUCUCCAAUUUUCAUUUUUGCGCUGUAUAAGUGGAAAAAUGUGGGGUUAGCAGGUUGUGCGGCCACUCUAGUACUACUAACUCUCUACAAAGGAGCCGUUGUCUAUUAUUACAAGUAUUCUACGCUGCUUUUCUAUGGAAUAAGUGUGUCAAUGAUUGGAGAUGGAGGGGACGAUAUUUAUUUGAAUCCUAUCCACCGACUGACGCCCUACCUGAUUGGUGUCAUGUUUGGAUAUUUUCUUCAGGAAAUGAAGCCCCAGCAUAGGAAAUUGUCUUGGGAGAAACAGCUGAUCGGUUGGAGUGGCUGUUUGGUGUGUCUUUACUAUGCUUACUUUGCUAUGGCGAAGGCUGCUAAGCGGGGAUACACGUAUAGUGAGUCGGAGGCCGCUUUAUUCGGAAUGGCUCAGCCCCUGCUUUGGUGUCCGGCCAUAUGCUGGAUCAUUUAUGCCUGUCAAACCCAACAAGCUGGUGUGGUGAGCAAAAUGCUAGAAUGGAAAGGCUUUGUCAUUUUCAGCCGGAUAUCUUAUCCGUUUUAUUUGGUUCAGAUAAUGAUUAUAUUUUGGAGUGUCACUGACGUUAAGGCACCUCAGCAACGGUCACUCUUAUAUUUUAUUGAUCUCAAUGAAUUCGCAGGACUGAUUGUUUUAUCGGCCAUUUUCUCUUUAUUCUUCCUUCUGCCUUUGAAAGAUUUAUUCAACUCUGUUAAAGGAGCUAAAGCUACAAAGACUAUAAAAGUGAUGGAAGACACUCAAACAGCAGAGAAAAGCAAUUCCAGUCCAGUAGCAGAAGAAGAUAUAAAUCAUAACGAAAAAGGUAAAAAUCAUUUACAAGCAAAGGACGAGAAUGGUAAGAAUCUAUUUAAACUAAAGGAACCAACAGAAAGAGUAGAUUUUACAAAUUUAAUUGAGAAUGCUGUGCAAGAAAAUUUCAAGUUUUGAUUGAUACAAGACUGUGUAAAUAGAUUUUUUUAUAGAAAAUUUUUAUUGAAAAAUUUGAUUCGAAAAUUAUUCAAGCUUUGAGAAAAUCAAAAUUAUUUCAAAGCUGCAAUGAAAUAGCGGUUUAGUUUAGUGUAAGCAUUCCUGACUGGCAAUUAGGAGAUACCGCGUUUAAUUUCAUCUAGCUGUUUACCCUGUUGUCAAUAUUUGCAGUAACAGAAGUCUUCGGGGUGAUUUACUUUCGUUUAAUAAUAAAAUUAAAAUGAUAAUAUUUAUGAUGAAUGUGAUCAGGAUAACAAAUUGUUCAAUAAAAAUAGCAUAGAUUGAUUACAACGUUAUUUAUUAGUUCGCAUCGAACUCCAAAAGGUAACAAUAAAACUGAAAAAAACUUAUUAAAUACAAAAUAAUAAAUUAAAUACAAAAUAAAAAUAAUUAAUCAACUGACAAUUUAUCCUAAUGUAAUUAAGUAUCCAUCUCAAUUACAGCGAAUUUAUUAUGAUUGUUUUAACUAUAUUAAUAACGACUCAAGUUAAAUAAAUAUGGCUUUCAUUCUGUAGGCAGUAUUAAAACGCUUAAUUUAUUGUUUUAAAUUAAAAAAUGAAUGCACCUUAAACGCUAAGAAAUAUAAAUGUUAAUGACUGGAAAAAACUAAACUAAAAUUUUUAUCAACUAAUGUAUUCCUGUGACAAUUUUAUGAAUACAAUGAUUAAAAAAUGAAUAAUUUUACAAAGUGUAUUAAAAAUACAAAGAAGAAUAAAUUAGACUUGAGAAUUUUUUUAGUUUUGUCUUAAUUUUUCUUCAUUAACAACCUGAGCUUGAUAUAUAGCACCAAAAAAAAAUUGGUAUCACGUCGAAGUUGAAUACUUGCAUUCAAUGAUGCCAUGAAUAUUUUCAAAUAAUACAUACGGGCAUCUCAUUGAGAAUUGGCUAUAAAACAAAUGAAUUGUAGUCCUAUAUACGGAGUUUUUUAUUCAAUACUUUUCAACUAUAGAUUUCUUCUAACAAUAUUAAUAUUGAUUAGUAAUUCUAUAUAAAUAUGAUCUCUUAAUUGAAACUUGUUUUUCUAUACAAUAUUAUUCAAGAAUUAAUUGUUUAAUAUGACUAUUAAUAUUAUUGCUGAUGAAUAACAAUUACUGCGUCCAUUUUAUUAGUAUGUAAUUAAAUUGUUAAACAAGAUGCACAUUUUCUAAUCUACCUCUACCAUUUAUUCAAAAUGUGCAAAUACGAAAUUAAUCCUCUCAAAUACUACUUAUAAGAUCAGAAAAGUAGUUUUCCGUAGUGAAUUGAACGGAUCCUAGAGAUGGAAAUUGUUCUAAUAAAAUAAUAAUUACAUUGUUUUUCUAUUCUUAGUGGUGAACAACCAUUUAUUCUAUCAAAACAAGAAAAUUUUGAAAAUGUUGACUAGUCUAUUUUCUAGUUCAUACAAAAACUUUCAAUUUAUUGAUUAUAAUUUUUACUAUCUGAAAAAAAUAUGAAUAAAAACUAUUCAUUUUACAAAACCUCAUUUAGAACAAUCGCAACAGAAUUUUUAUAAAACGUUUAUUUUUAUUGAGCAUAAUUGCUGAUUAUAAUUUUUUCACUAAAUUUAUAAUAAAAUAUUUCAAUAACUAACACUACAAUAUUUGCAAUAAUAUUCUAUCACACGUUUACUACUGUGUAAUGUUAACUUUGAAUUUUCAUAGUUUUAUAAUAGUUUAUUAUUGUGCUUUGUACUAUUGGUUUUCCAAGAUAUACUUCCAAGGUAAACUAACUAGUAGAUAAAUGCUAUAGAUAGAAAGGUUGAACAAAUGCAAAAAACUUAUUAAAAUGCAUUAAUAUAAUUGUUAAUCUAAUCUAAAAUUAAUUAAAUUAGAUUAGCAUAAAUGAUGUAGGAAUCGAUAAUUUUGUAACACUAGGUAAAAAGUUUAGAUUCUAAAUUUACCAUAGUUUAUUACAAGUAGUUAAUUGCCAAUGAAUGAUGAGAAUAAAGUUAAAGAGUAUAAAUAAUAAUUCACAAACACUUUUUAUGAAGAUGUGGAGUUACUAGAUAAAGUACGCAUAUUUUUUCAGGUUCUGGACUUCUAGAGCAAGAGAACUUAAUUUUCAAAUCAAUACUUUAAGAAAGUUUUCUCCAAAUUUAAAUGGAUCUGUGAAAAAUAGAAUCGGUAGAUUGUAAAUAAUCAUUAAGGUUCGACUCACACUUACGCGACUCAGGUCGAGAAGAGACUUGACUCUAGACGAGAGCAUGUGUUUUCAAAUGGUGACAGUCGCGGAGACUAGAAUCGACUGGUCUGAGUGUUACCAUUUGGAAACACAUGCUCUCGACUAGAGUCGAGUCUCUUCUCGAACUGAGUCGCGUAAUUGUGAGUUGAGCAUUAGCCUGAAAUAAACCGACUUGAGAACAAGUAAAAUUAAGUUUUUAAGAAAAAAACAUAUCCUUCACGAUAGCAGCAGAAAAACACUUAGAAAUAACUCAAUCUCUUGUAAAUAAAUUAAUGUUGUAAUAAAGAAAGCAAAAUAUUUACAGUAUAAACUGGCAACUAUAAACAAGACAAAACAAAACACAACUUUAUAGAUAGCACUCAACACAA